GACCCGCGGGGCCAGGCGGGACCGCCGAGGAAGAAAGCUAGCUCUUAACAAUGCUGGUUUGGGGGCCUGCGUUUUGCAAUCCCACCGACGGGUGCAAUCCUGGCGCUUCUCUUUUAGAGCCGAGGAAAGACGCACCCGUUUCUAGGGCCUCCCAGGUUUAAGGCGGGGGAAUAAGAGGAGGAAGAUACCUGCCUUUAGGGACUGCAAGGUUAUUUCUCUACCUUUCCUCACUGGAGCUACCAGAACAGAUACCGGGACCACGGGGACGGUGUUUCUCCUAGGUUGGAUUGUUGCUUCUCAUCUUUAACAUCGAAACAUCAUUUCGUCUCCACAGUGUCGUUCCUCUUUUGUUCGUUUUGUAGUUGAACAUCUCUGAAUCUCAUUCUUAGCAGCCUUGUGUCCUACACCCUGAACUUCCAGUUAGUUAAAAGAAAAAAAAAGCCUGUCAUUGAGAUCCAUUCAAUCUGCGCCUGUGCGUUAUCGGUGUUCUCAUUCAAAUUCCUUUGCUGCAGAAUAAGCACGACCAUUUCAAGUGACAUAGGAGAACGUGGCAAGAAUUUCUGAUACAGUUUUCAUGCAGUAAUUUUGGGACAGGUUUCCCAUAAUUUAGAUCUCUGCUGUCCAGUUGUGUAGCCAGCAGCUACAUCAGGCAUUUGAAAUAGACUAGUCUGAAUUGAGAUGUGCUGCGAGUGUAAAAUACACACCAGAUUUUGAAGAUUCAGUACAAAAAAAGGUUUUUUGUGACAUCGUAAACAUGAGCCCCACACAGUGGGACUUCCCUGUGGAAUUAUGUUGCCGGCCUAUGGCCUUUGUUACUCUUACGGGCCUGGAUGUAGUUUAUAAUGCAGUCCAUCGAGCUGUCUGGGAUGCCUUCUGUGCCAAUCGGAGAGCUGAUCGAGUACCAAUUUCUUUCAAGGUGCUACCAGGUGACCAUGAGUAUCCCAAAUGUAGACCCAAGAGAACUUCAUAUGAGUGGUACAUUCCUAAAGGGAUCUUAAAGACUGGCUGGAUGAAUAAGCAUCUGAAUCUGGUGCCCGCCCUGGUAGUUGUGUUCUAUGAACUGGACUGGGAUGAGCCUCAGUGGAAAGAAAAGCAGUCUGAGUGCGCCACCAGAGUGGAAAUAGUCAGGCAAAGUUUACAAGGAAGAAACACAAAAGUUGCAGUGGUUCUGAUUCAGAAGAAAACCCCUUUGCCCCCAGGAGAAGAUGUCAUUGCUUCAGAAAGGGCUGCAGCUUUAUGCAAUGCAUGUGAACUCUCAGGAAAGUCUUUGUUUGUACUGCCGCACACUGACCACCUUGUGGGUUAUAUUAUAAGAUUGGAAAAUGCCUUUUAUGAACAUGCACAGACUUAUUACUACACUGAGAUCAGAAGAGUGAAAUCUCAUAAAGAAUUUUUGAAUAAAACAACACACCAGCUUUUAUUUGUUAGGCAUCAGUUCAAAAUAGGUUUCUUCAGUGAGUUGAAACAAGAUACACAAAAUGCGCUGAAGAAUUAUAGGACCGCCUAUAAUCUUGUACACGAAUUGAGGGCCCAUGAAACUAAUAUUCUGGAAAUUAAGACUAUGGCAGGAUUUAUAAACUACAAGAUCUGUAGGCUGUGUUUUCAACACAACACCCCAUUGGAUGCAAUUGCUCAGUUCCGAAAACACAUCGACUUGUGUAAGAAAAAGAUUGGAAGUGCAGAGUUGUCUUUUGAGCAUGCUGCAUGGAUGUCUAAACAAUUCCAGGCCUUUGGAGAUUUAUUUGAUGAAGCUAUUAAGUUAGGGUUAACAGCUAUUCAAACUCAGAAUCCCGGUUUCUAUUACCAGCAGGCAGCAUACUAUGCCCAGGAGCGGAAACAGCUUGCAAAAACCCUCUGUAACCACGAAGCUUCUGUAAUGUAUCCCAAUCCUGAUCCCUUAGAAACACAAACAGGCGUUCUUGACUUUUAUGGACAAAGAUCAUGGCGACAAGGAAUACUAAGUUUUGAUCUUUCUGAUCCUGAAAAAGAAAAGGUGGGAAUUCUUGCCAUUCAGCUGAAGGAGAGAAAUGUUGUUCACUCUGAAGUAAUCCUAAGUCUUCUGAGCAAUGCUGUCGCACAGUUCAAGAAGUAUAAGUGCCCGCGGAUGAAAAGCCACCUGAUGGUUCAGAUGGGAGAGGAAUAUUAUUACGCAAAGGAUUAUACCAAAGCUUUGAAGUUGCUGGAUUAUGUGAUGUGUGAUUAUCGGAGUGAAGGAUGGUGGACUCUGCUCACGUCUAUAUUAACUACAGCUCUGAAGUGCUCCUACCUCAUGGCCCAAUUAAAGGAUUACGUUACUUACUCCCUAGAACUCCUUGGCAGAGCUUCAACUCUGAAAGAUGACCAGAAGUCUCGGAUAGAAAAGAACCUCAUAAAUGUUUUAAUGAAUGAAAGUCCUGAUCCAGAACCCGACUGUGAUAUCUUAGCUGUGAAAACUGCUCAGAAGCUGUGGGCAGACCGAAUUUCUCUGGCUGGCAGCAAUAUUUUCACAAUAGGAGUACAGGACUUUGUGCCAUUUGUACAAUGCAAAGCCAAGUUUCAUGCCCCAAGUUUUCAUGUUGAUGUUCCUGUUCAGUUUGAUAUUUAUCUGAAGGCUGAUUGUCCACAUCCCAUUAGGUUUUCCAAGCUCUGUGUCAGCUUUAAUAAUCAGGAAUACAACCAGUUCUGUGUAAUAGAAGAAGCAUCCAAAGCAAAUGAAGUUUUAGAAAAUCUGACUCAAGGAAAGAUGUGCCUAGUUCCUGGUAAAACAAGAAAACUGUUAUUUAAGUUUGUUGCGAAAACUGAAGAUGUGGGAAAGAAAAUUGAGAUUACUUCAGUGGAUCUUGCUCUGGGCAAUGAGACAGGAAGAUGUGUGGUUUUAAAUUGGCAGGGAGGAGGAGGAGAUGCUGCUUCCUCCCAAGAAGCCUUACAGGCAGCUCGGUCUUUCAAAAGGCGGCCUAAGCUACCUGACAAUGAAGUUCACUGGGACAGCAUUAUAAUUCAGGCAAGCACAAUGAUCAUAUCCAGAGUUCCAAACAUUUCUGUACAUCUGCAGCACGAACCCCCUGCACUGACUAAUGAAAUGUAUUGUUUGGUUGUGACUGUUCAGUCCCAUGAAAAGACCCAAAUCAGAGAUGUGAAGCUCACUGCUGGCUUAAAACCAGGACAGGAUGCCAAUUUAACUCAGAAGACUCACGUGACUCUUCAUGGAACGGAACUGUGCGAUGAAUCCUACCCAGCUUUACUCACUGACAUUCCUGUUGGAGACUUACAUCCAGGGGAACAGCUGGAAAAAAUGUUGUAUGUUCGCUGUGGAACGGUGGGUUCCAGAAUGUUUCUUGUAUAUGUUUCUUACCUGAUAAAUACAACCGUUGAAGAAAAAGAAAUUGUUUGCAAGUGUCACAAGGAUGAAACUGUAACAAUUGAAACAGUCUUUCCAUUUGAUGUUGCCGUUAAAUUUGUUUCUACCAAGUUUGAGCACCUGGAAAGGGUUUAUGCUGACAUCCCCUUUCUGUUGAUGACGGACCUCUUAAGUGCCUCACCCUGGGCCCUCACUAUUGUUUCCAGUGAGCUCCAGCUUGCUCCAUCUAUGACCACAGUGGACCAGCUAGAGUCUCAAGUGGAUAAUGUUAUCUUACAGACUGGAGAGAGUGCUAGUGAAUGCUUUUGUCUUCAAUGCCCAUCUCUUGGAAAUGUUGAAGGUGGAGUGGCAACCGGGCAUUAUAUUAUCUCUUGGAAAAGGACCUCAGCAAUGGAGAACAUCCCUGUCAUCACAACUGUCAUCACUCUGCCGCAUGUGAUUGUGGAGAAUAUCCCUCUCCAUGUGAAUGCAGAUCUGCCAUCAUUUGGGCGUGUCAGAGAGUCCUUGCCUGUCAAGUAUCACCUACAGAAUAAGACCGACUUAGUUCAAGAUGUGGAAAUUUCUGUGGAGCCCAGUGAUGCCUUCAUGUUCUCAGGUCUCAAACAGAUUCGAUUACGUAUCCUCCCCGGCACGGAGCAGGAAAUGCUAUAUAAUUUCUAUCCUCUGAUGGCUGGAUACCAGCAGCUGCCGUCUCUCAACAUCAACUUGCUUAGAUUUCCUAACUUCACAAAUCAGCUGCUCAGGCGUUUUAUACCUACCAGUAUUUUUGUUAAGCCACAGGGUCGACUCAUGGAUGAUACCUCUAUUGCUGCUGCAUGAUAUUCAAGACUGGCCCCUUGGCUGUUGUCACAGAGACGUUGGGCAGAGCUAUGCAGGUGUUUCAUUGUGAACUCUAGCUUUGAUCAUGGUAAAAAGUUAAUCUUUUCUAUUUUUUAAUGGAUGUUAUACCAACUAUUCAGAGGAACUCAUACUUCAAAAAUAUUAGGAAAAUCUGUCUUAUAGUUUCUCUAAUAAAUAUUUGAAAUCUCAGUAUGACAUGAAAGGAUGUCAGACCAUUGUUAUCGUUGAAAAUCAUUUGAUGAAUGGUAAAUUCUGUGAAAAGCAAGUGAUUUGCAUGUAUAAAAUCAGGAAAAUUAAGCAUCCCAAGUAUGACUGGACAAAGAGAGCAGAUGCACCAAUGCCUGUGCCAUAAAGUUCCAAAUCCCCUAUGUGUCUCUUUCAGAGCUGGUCAGACCGGAAAUCAAUCAUUCUCAUAAAUUCAGUGUGUACUCAGAAUACAUACACAACAACACAGGGAGUUGUAUGACUGAUAGGGAAAACUUCCAGAAAGUUUUAAUCAAAGCAGUUUAAUUAAGGUAUCAAAAAUAUCUUUGCUUACUAUCAAAAAGUGUCAAAUAGGUUCAGCUUGCGGACAAAAUAUGGAUCAUUUAUGAAGCAGGUUCAUAUUUUAGAGGUGUUAAUAAAAUCCUCAUCUGAAAAGAUCCAAACUGCAAGGAUUUGAUUAUAAACAUAAUUUCCUAGACUAAAAGUUUUUGGAAAAGAUGCAGGGUCUGAGUCAGGCCUUUUGGUUAUAUUGUGCAGUUUCAAAAGAACUAUUUAAAACUCUUGAAAACUCAUGUAAAUAAAAGUCAUAGGGUGAAAAUUGUAUUUGUUAAAAUAUCUUAAUAAUUUAAAACUACCUGAUUUCCUGGAAAAUUUUAUUAUUCAAAAGGUGGAGGCAUUGUAAAAAGGAAAUAGUGAUGUAAAUAAACAUAUUCGCUUUCAAGUA